AUGGUCGACAACGAGCUGGUUGCAGAGCUAGGCGUACAAGGAGUACGUCGUCAGCUGAACGUUCAAUGGUUCGGAGGCAGGGCCACAAGAGAGCCCACUAACAUGGUACGUCUGCAGAUUAGUGGAGCAGGCAAGUCCUCCCGACAUGUGCUAAGAAACGUUUAUGCCAUUUCGAACUUGAGUCUGCCGAUGCAGAGCCUGCACAGAAGGGACGUUAGGAGCGUGAACAAGGACGCUCGGUUACCAAUGAAGCCCUACGAAAAUGCAGUGCCGAAGCUGCUUAUUGGAUUGGACCAUGGGCAUCUAGGACCAUUGAAAACGAGACGGUUUGCCAGCGAGAGACCGUACGCGGCCGCAACCGAAUUAGGAUGUGUUGUUUUUGGGCCUGUAGAAGGACGACGAGACACGUCAUCACCGAGGUCUUGUCUGCUAGCCACGUCGUUGGAUGAUAACGUGGAACGGAUCGUCGAGGACUACUUCGAGAUCGAGAACGUCGGUGUGAAGGCGGCGCCAGCGGCCGCAGCCAGCGACAACGUGAGGGCUCAGAAGAUCCUGGAGGACACUAAGGUGCGAGUUGGCCGCCGAUACCAGACGGGAUUAUUGAGGAAAACGGAUAACAUUGUGCUGCCACGUAGUUAUGAUAUGGCGUACAAUAGAUUGAUCAACAUCGAGAAGAAAAUAAAGCGAGAUGUGCAGUUCGCCCAAGAAUAUUCACUGAUUGUCAAUGAUUAUGUCGACAAGGGAUACGCUCGGCGUCUGGAACGACAGGAGAUCGCUACGGGAAGUGAUAGAACAUGGUACUUGCCACAUUUUGGAGUGGAGAAUCCCAACAAGCUAGGGAAGAUCCGAUUAGUAUUCGACGCAGCGGCACGAGAAGGUGCCGUCGGAAUCUGCAGCGACAUUAAGGAGAUGUUUCACCAGGUGCUGAUCCGACCCGAAGAUAGAUGUGCGCAACGAUUUCUGUGGAGAGAUGGGAAUGACCAACGGGACCCCGAAGUCUACGAGAUGUGCGUGAUAAACUUUGGAACUGCAUGCUCACCGAGUGCGGCGCAUCACGUGAAGACAGUGAAUGCCAAGCGAUUCCUGGAUUCGGAUCCCAGAGCAGUCAAAGCCAUCGUGGACUACCACUACGUGGAUGACUAUGUGGACAGCUUCGCCACAGAGAGCGAAGCUAUCGAAGUAUCUAGCAGAUGGCGAGGAUGCUUGGACCCAGCGAUCACGCCCAGAGUAUUGGAUCGGGUGAGGCCGAGCAAAAUAUUUUGGGAAUGCGACUUGGGACGACUUCAGGUUUCGAGUGAAGUACCACAAAGUCGCCCCCGUCGUAUCCGAUGGGAAGAGAAUGGCCACAAAAAGGGAAUUCUUGAGUAUGGUCAUGUCAACGUUCGACCCCUUGGGAUUCCUGUGUUGCCUAAUGAUAACAGCGAAGUUGUUGUUGCGAGAGGUCUGGAGAAGAAAGAUCUCUGGGAUGAACCACUACCGGCUGAGAUGUACAACGCCUAUAUGGAUUGGCGUAAAGAGAUGGAGAAAGUGGAACGUUUUCGGAGCCCUCGUCACUACUUUGGAUCCGGGCUGGUGAAGACUGUCGAGAUGCACGUAUUUGUGGAUGCGAAGACUUUGCUAUCGACGGAUUCGAAGACAGUGCUGCGUUGGAUCGGCAGCACACACAGGCGCUACAAGCAGUUCGUAGGGAACAGAGUAGCCGAGAUUCUGGAGUCAACGAAGGUGGCCCAAUGGAGAUGGCUAACAUCCGCCGACAACGUGGCAGAUGAUGCAACUCGGGUGCAACGUAGCGUGGACCUAAGCGAGGAGUCACGCUGGUUAAGAGGACCGGCAUUCCUGAGGAGACCAGCGGGCAGCUGGCCAGGAACUGCACCCACCGACGAAGUGAAUGAGCUGGAGAACUAUGGCCUCAAUGUAGCUGAGUGUGAAGCAGCCGAGGACUUUUUAUUCCGUAGAGCACAACGUGAGGCGUUCCCCGAUAACAUGCAGGCCGCAGAGAAGGGCUUGGACGUCGCUAAAGGAAGCGACAUAUGUGGACUGGCGCCAUACCCAGAUGGCAAUGGAGUCCUGCGAGCGUAUGGCAGGAUCGAUGCGGCGCCAUGUAUACCGUACAGCGCCAGGAGGCCAGUGAUCCUCUCCCACCAACAUGGUCUCACGGAGAUGAGUGUGCGCGACGCCCAUGUGAGGAUGAAGCAUCAAAACGUGGAUGCUACGAUGGCUGAGAUCUGGACCAGGUUCUGGAUUACGAGACUGCGGAGAGUGCUUCGUAGUGUGAUCUCGGGAUGCAGCGAGUGUAAGCUGCACAGAGCACGGCCGAUGCCGCCGAUUAUGGGACCCCUGCCAGAUGAUCGUUUGGACGCCAAUGGCUGGCCGUUUAAGAGCACAGGCCUUGACUACUUUGGGCCGCUGCUAGUGACCGUUGCUCGGCACCAAGAGAAACGGUGGGUGGCCUUGUUUACGUGCCUGACGACCAGGGCGAUUCAUCUGGAACUGGCACAUGACUUGUCGACUGAUUCCUGCAUACUUGCAAUCAGGAGUUUCAUCUGUCGUCGAAGGCCUGUACAUAGACUGCGCAGCGACAAUGGCAGGAACUUCGUUGGAGCAGACAGAGAGGCCAAGAGAUUUGCGGAGAUCUUCGAACCCGAGAGGAUCCAGUCGGAGCUGUCAAGCAAGGGAAUUGAAUGGAUCUUACACUGCACAGCGAACCCGUCAGAGGGUGGAGUCUGGGAGCGAAUGGUGCAGUGCGUGAAGAGGGUGCUACGCCACACAGUGAAGGAAGUGGCGCCGAAGGAGCACGUCCUGGAGAGUUUCCUGAUAGAGGCGGAGAAUGUCGUUAAUUCUCGUCCGCUCACCCAUUUGCCAGUGAGUGCGGACCAGGAAGCCCCUCUUACGCCCAAUGAUCUCCUCAAGGGAGCAGCUUGCCCACCGGAUACCCCCGGCCUGGAUGAAGGCCUCGUCAAGGAAGGAGCUACGCGGAAGGCAAGAAUGUUGAGGAACCGAUUCUGGAAGAGGUGGGUCUUGGAGUACCUACCCACGCUGACACGGAGAGAGAAGUGGUGCCGCAGAGAGAAGCCGAUUCAACGAGGAGACAUCGUCUUCGUUUGCGAUCCAGCCGUUCCGCGUCGAGACUGGCGGAAAGGCGUCGUGGAGGAGACCUUUGCUGGAACGGAUGGUGAGGUCAGACGAUCCCGCGUUAGGAUCAUGGAUGGAGAUCGGACUCGCUGGAUAAUGCGCCCCGCUUCAAAGGUGACGGCCUUGGAUUUCAGUGAAGAAGUUCUUCACGGAGGUGGGGAUGUCGCGGAUCGAUUAUCGAUAUUUAGUAUUUAA